AUGAAAGAGCCAUUGGGGGAAAAUUUGACGGUAGAGACAGGUUUUUUGAAAGAGAUGUGGUGGAGGAUAGCACGGUGGUGGAGAUUGAUGAAGAGGCAAUGGUUGUUGUCGUCUAUGGCGAAGAGAAAGAGGCCGUCAGGAGAGGUGGCGAUGCAGUGGAUGUUGGCGAAGGUUUGGCAGG